UGUCAUCUCGCGAGAACUGCUGCAGUGGCGGGAAUAAACAAGGGGCUGUACACAGUAGUCCGGUGUGCAAAAGUACCGAAAAGUGACACAAAUUUCGGAACUCGCUUACUUCCAUUUCAGGCUGAAAUUCACCCGACUAACAAUUAAUGUACGCGUAGGACUUUAUUUUUGUGACUCUUUCGCCAAAGUGAAGUCAUGUCGGACUCCUUCGCUGACAACGACGUCAGCCAAGAAGAAAGUCAGGAGGACGACAUGACUCCGGCCCAGCUCAUCGCCAAGCUGGAGGACGCUUGGCUCAAUGAGAAGUUCUCACCAGAGCUGCUGGCAAACCAGUCCGAGGUGGUGGAGUGUGUCAUGGAGCAGCUCACUCACAUGGAAGAGAAUCUGCUGAGGGUGAAGAAAGGUGACGCCAAAGCCAGCAUCCAUCGCAUGGAGAUCGACCGCAUCCGCUUUGUGCUGUGCAGCUAUUUACGCUCUCGUCUGCAGAAGAUUGAAAAGUUCUUCCCUCAUGUACUUGAAAAAGAGAAGUCUCGCAGCGAUGGAGAACCAUCACUGCUUUCGCCUGAGGAGUUUGCCUUUGCCAAAGAAUAUGCUGCAAAUACAGAAAGCCACAUGAAGUCAGUGGCACUAACCCACAUGCCCCCCGUCUUGCAGACUCUUGACAUGCUUAAAGCAGUACCUGCACCCUGCAUGGACUCUUUUGUGUUCCUGCGGGUAAGGGAGAGACAAGAGAAUAUCUUAGUGGAGCCCGAAACAGACGAUCAAAGAGAGUACGCAGUGGAUCUUGAAGAGGGCUCUCAGCAUCUCAUGCGCUAUCGAACCAUCGCGCCACUGAUUUCAAGUGGAGCUGCACAGUUGAUUUAAGUGCUAAGGUGCGUCAGGUCCAUGGCGCCAUGGCCUCUAAGAGGCACAAUAUGGACUAUUAAAUCUUCCUGGACACAAGCAAUGCAAAUGUCUUACUGAUGAUUAGAUUUUUUUGCGCUGCACUGAAGUAAUUCAAAGGUGACAUGCAAACAUUCUCUAGUCAUUGUAGUCUUGUGGUUAUGAGUGCACAUUACAGUAAGAGAUAAACUGUUUCUUUACACUGCAGGCUUUAAAUUAUAUAAUCAAUUGCUGGUGUGGCUGAAGCUAUCGAUUACUUUAGUAAUUCAAUAAUUUAUUGAUUAUUUUGUCCCAUAAGUUGAGUAAUCGGAUAAAAGACUUCAUAGUCUAAAUGUGGAUUUUAGAGAAACUUUUUUUUUUUUUUAAAUAAACAACACUUUUCCAUCCUG